AUGAAACCCACCCUGCCUGACUCUCCGCCGUCGGCUCACGCAGAACAAAUCCGGCUGAUGAAGGAGCGAAUCCAACUCCUCAAGGCGGUAAACGAAGCUCUCUAUCAGAACACCCACCCCAUCGAUGAUCGUAAGACCAGACGCAACCUUUCCGAGGCAGCCCGAUUCGCGCAUCUCCCUCCGCUGCCUCCAACACUCACACGCCCAGAGUAUUCUCUCAUCGCCGAUCUCAUCAGCCUCGCUGACGAAGAAGUCCGCUUCUAUGUAGCCUGCGAGGACGGCUCCGUCGAGGAAGUCGCCUCCUUCAUCCAGAGAACCUCCACUCCAAGCCAAGCGGUCCUCCAGCACGGCCUAGAGCAGGCCUCGUUCGGGAACCAGCCAGCCGUCGCGCGGUACCUGCUAGAGCGCGGCACAUCCCUCCACGGCAACGUCUUCAGCCGCGCCCGUCGCGUCAAGACCAAAGACAGAUCCUACCUCGCAGACGUCUCCAUCUUCGACAGAACACAGACCGGCGGAGAAGACACCCUCAUCCCCCUGAUCCGCGUCUUCCUCGACUUUGGCUGGCACCCAAACCAGGCGUGGCGCCGCGCGACCUCCAACGAGUGCAAAACGCCGCUGCCGUACGAAGGCUGCAUCACCAACACGCCCCUCGUCGAGCUCCUCCUCCAGCACGGCGCGGACCCCAACAUCGCCGCUCACUCCCGCAGCCCAGACGGCGAAGAGCCCCCGCUGAACCGCCACGGAGGCGACGCGCUCAACAGCGCCGCGCGGCUCGGCGACACGCAACUCUUCAACCUCCUCCUCUCCCACGGCGCCGACCCGUCCUUCGCCAGCCCGCUGCACAGCAUCGUCUCGUGCCAAAUCAUGCCGCCAGACCUGCGCGGCAGCUGGCUUGACGCGCACAGCUUCGCUUCGACGCCGUUUCUUCCGCGCCGGCGGGCGAUGGCGGCACACAUCCUCGAGUCCGGCGCCGCGGGGGUUGAUGACGUGAGACGGUUACUGUACUGCGACAUCUUGGACCGCCAGCGCGGGGAUUCCUACGAGACAACGGCGUUUGCGCGGUCGUGUGCGGGACAGGACUGA